AUGGGUUGCGGGACGUCUACUCAGCAGGUGCCAUCCACAGUGGCCAACAACAACUUCACUUUUCCUGAAAGGAAGAAGGAUAAAAAGGAAAAAAAGAAGCCCGUUGACGAGUUUGAAGAGCUCACAGUCCAGCCGCUUCCACCUAAAAGCUCUGGUGACGAGAAGUUCAAGUGUGGUGCACCAUCAUUUGAGGGCGAUGAGAUAACACCCUGCUUUGAUAAUGGCCUUCUGUUCCGCAUUGCGAAGGAUGACGUAUGGGCCUUCUACAACGAUACACGUACCUACGAGAUGCACGUGGGAUUUACCUUUGGUAAUACUUCUCUGGUACGCGCAUUAGGGAACACAAAGGUCACCAAAAUCGAGGAAAGCGGCGGGUUUCUCGCAGAGACGGUCGUGUACCCUGGUGAGACUGUGAUGUAUGUUAAGGGAUCGAUUGCUAGCUACGUGAGCAAAAUUCGGGCACUUCCUAUAUCAGAUGAAUACCUAGAGAAGAAGGCGCGUCAUUAUGGCAAGCGGAUCGAACCUGAACUGACAAAGGUAAGGGAAGUUGCUGAUGGUUGCAGCAAUGAAAACGAAAUUCUUGAAAAGUGUGUGCUUUUGGGCGUUCCUUUUGUCGACCUCCGCUUUCCACCGGAACAGGAAUCUAUCGCAAAGGGAGCCGAGCGCACGAUGCAGACGAUGCCGUGGGCCCGCCAAGACAUGUACCUUCCCGAUGGCUACGCCCCGCUUGUGCGUCUCUUCCGCAACAGGGUUAACCCAAUGAAUGUUGAUAUGGGAGACUUGGGUGACUGUUGGGUAAUGUGUGCCAUCACCACUCUCGCGGAAUAUCCAAGUUUGGUCCGUAACAUGUUUCGUCACCCCUUCAACCCUGAAGAGACAGCAAAAGAGCGUGCAGUUGGGGCUUACCGUGUGACCUUAAAUAAGAGCGGUUGGUGGCGCAACGUCAUAGUUGACGAUUACUUGCCGUCUGUUGCCGGAAGGGCAAAGUACGGUAAGACAGUUGACGAUCCAUGUGAGAUGUGGGUUUCUGUCUUGGAAAAAGCUUAUGCCAAGGUCCAUGGGAGCUACGCGAGCAUUGUUGCUGGUGAUCCGCUACUUGCGCUACAGGAUCUCACAGGUUAUCCAACCGCUCGUUACGAUGAGUCGUUUGAAAGUGAUUCAAAGACGGGAGAUACAGAGCUGCUUGAGCGCCUGGAACGCUAUGAUAGUCAUGGAUUCUAUAUCAUUCUCAGCACACCCGUCAAGAAUCCAGAGGACGAAGAUGCAGAGGGGCGCUACAAGGAUGCAGGUCUAAUAAUGGGCCGUGCGUACACUGUGAGGGCUGUUCGUUACUUUGCUGAGGAGAAGCUUGGUCUUCUGCAGAUUCGCAACCCGUGGUCUCAAGGUGUUGAAUGGAAGGGUGAGUGGAACGAUGAAGAUCCCAAAUGGAAGGAGAACCCAAAGGUUGCUGAAGCGUGCGGCCACGAUACCCCACAGGAAGGUUCCUUCUGGAUAUCGUGGAAGGAUGCUCAACAGUACUUCAACGGCUGUGGUGUUGUCAUGGCCCACCCGAAGAGUUUUGAUUACCGCAUUCGUGGUACUUUUGACCAAGGCAUUCCUCAAGUAUGCGUUCAAUUCACGGUCAAGAAGAAGACGUACAUUGUUUGCACACUUUCUCAGGAGGACCGCCGUGGGACGGAAGCUGCAGCUGAAGAUUACCCACCGAUUAUGCUGAGUCUCUGCUGUGGACGCGGUAAGCUUGACCCGAUGCAGGUGGAGCAGAAUACCAAUCUCGACACUGAUCACCCCACGAACCAGUUCACCUUUAUGCAGAGCCGCGAUAUUGGCAUGGUGUGCACGCUCACGCCGGAGGGCUCUCCAUACCUUCUCGUUCCGCGAAUAAUGUCGACAGAGGAAGCUGUGCCGUACGUUCUCGGCCUGUUCUGCGAUGAGAAGAUUGGCACUGACGUCAAGGCAGAAUUCUGCACGAUUCCGGCAAAUAGCCAGGUGUUCAGCAACUUCCCAUCCUUCUCUGGCAAGGGUAAACCCGUAACAACGAAGUUCCAAGUGCGGUACCCCGACGGCAGCUUCCCGCAGGAGUAUACUAACAGGGAGCUCGUGGAGGCCUCUGCUGCGACGAAGAGAAGUGGAAGUGGCAGAGAUAAAAAGAGAAAGAGUAGCAGCUCCGCUUUUUGA